AAAGUGAACAGAGCGAUGCACACACGCAGCCGUCGGCUUGGUUUCCCCCCCCUGAAUCCAAGUCACCUCCUCCUCACACCUCACCUUCCCCCUCUCUCCUCCGAUCGCGCGCGCAUGGCGAUGUCACGAGCCGCCGCCGCUGCCGCGGGGACUCCCGUGGCGCGGCGGCGAUUGAUGGGGGCCGUGGCGGCGAGGUCGAUGGCGUCGUGGUUCGGCCACGUGGAACCGGCCGCCAAGGACCCCAUCCUCGGCGUCACCGAGGCGUUCCUCGCCGACCCCUCCCCGGACAAAGUCAACGUCGGCGUCGGCGCGUACCGGGACGACAGCGGGAAGCCCGUGGUGCUGGAGUGCGUGCGCGAGGCGGAGCGGCGGAUCGCCGGGAGCAUGAACAUGGAGUACCUUCCAAUGGGUGGAAGCAUAAAGAUGAUUGAAGAAUCACUUAAACUGGCCUAUGGGGAGAACUGUGAGUUCAUCAAGGACAAGAGGAUCGCAGCAGUGCAGGCUCUUUCAGGAACUGGUGCAUGUCGCCUCUUUGCAGAUUUCCAGAAGCGUUUCUUGCCAGAUUCACAGAUUUAUAUACCCACACCUACAUGGGCCAACCAUCACAAUAUUUGGAGGGAUGCCCAAGUACCACAAAAGACAUUUACCUAUUACCAUCCAGAGUCAAGAGGACUUGACUUUGCAGGCCUAAUGGAUGAUAUCAAGAAUGCUCCAGAUGGUUCAUUCUUUUUGCUUCAUGCUUGUGCGCAUAAUCCCACUGGAGUAGAUCCUUCAGAAGAACAAUGGAGGGAGAUAUCUCAUCAGUUCAAGGUGAAGAAACAUUUUCCAUUCUUCGACAUGGCAUACCAAGGAUUUGCUAGUGGUGAUCCAGAGAGAGAUGCCAAGGCAAUUCGAAUAUUUCUUGAAGAUGGACAUCAAAUUGGAUGUGCACAGUCAUAUGCGAAAAACAUGGGACUUUAUGGACAAAGAGCAGGAUGCCUUAGUAUUCUAUGUGAUGAUGAGAUGCAAGCAGUUGCUGUUAAGAGCCAGUUACAACAGAUUGCUAGACCUUUGUACAGCAACCCACCCGUUCAUGGUGCAUUAAUUGUUUCAACUAUUCUUGGUGAUCCGGAGUUGAAAAGUUUAUGGCUGAAAGAGGUCAAGGGUAUGGCUGAUCGUAUCAUUGGAAUGCGAACAGCACUCAAAGAGAACCUUGAAAAGUUGGGUUCACCAAUGUCAUGGGAACAUAUCACUAAUCAGAUUGGAAUGUUCUGCUACAGUGGUAUGACACCUGAACAAGUCGAUCGCUUGACAAAAGAGUUCCAUAUCUACAUGACUCGUAACGGGCGGAUAAGCAUGGCUGGAGUAACAACAGGAAAUGUUGCCUAUCUGGCUAAUGCUAUUCAUGAGGUUACCAAGACAAAGUGAGAGUGUUGGAGACAUUCCUAUCAUCAUUUUCAGUACCUUUUUACCGACCGCAAAAUGGGUCAAAUGGUGAAAUAAAAUUGUAGUCCGAUAUGAUGUGAAAUAAAAUGGCUGGUAAGCUAGAAAAGGGCAAGUUUAUUUUUUGAGGACAAGACUUUUGCUGUACCAGUGAAAACAUUUUUUAGGACAAGACUUUACAGUUAGAACGAACGUUCUAACUGUGACAGUGUCAUGCUUUGUAAAGGAAGUGUACCUUUCCACCGAUGGGCAUUUUUGAUUGCUCGAGUGUCAUCAGGAAGUCCA